AUGGAGAAACUUCCCACAGAUAUCAUAGACAACAUACUUUCUCUCUUACCAAUUGAACCCACCUUACAGAGCAAACGAGUAUGCAGAACAUGGAGAAAGCUCAUCGGUAAGAAUAAAACCGGUCUCCUGCUCGCGGUUGCAGACCUUAAUUAUAAUCUCCCAGCUGAAUCAGGAACAGAAGUAAAACUCUACUACGAAGAUGAGCACGAAGCAAAUCCCGAGAAAUCCUACUUCAAGAAAACACUAACUAAAUUAGGUAGUGCAAAAUACAGUUUCCUAGCCAGUAAUCACAUUGUUGGUUCAUGCAACGGUUUGGUUUGUCUUCAUUCGUAUAACAAAGUCACAAAGACUUCUUAUUGUGGUAUUUGCAAUCCGGUGACAGGCGAAUUCCUUUUUCUUCCGGGCGAAUUUAAGCGGGGAAAUGACGAGCGCCUGGUAUUUGGAUUUGGAUACCUGCCUUCCACGAAUGAGUAUAAGGUAGUCAGACGUAGUUACAUGUUGAUAAACGGUGUACGGCAGGGGAAUGUGGCGGUAUACACUCUUGGCUCUCAAAAUGGGUGGAGAGAAAAAGAAGACAUCCCUUACUUAUUGUAUUCGUCAGGUCUCUUUGGUAAUGGAGUCAUUCACUGGCUUGGCAAAAUAGGAGAACAGGUGCCUAAGAUAGUUGCCUUUGAUCUGGCUGAUGAGAAGUUCAAGUAUGUCUCAGCAAUACCUUUAAAUUCUUUUACAUCAUUCGACACUUUUAGACUCAGUUUAUUAGGGGGGAACUUGUGUUUUAUUCACAAUAUAUGGAAGAACUUUAAUGGCCGUGAUCAAAUCCUAGACAUAUGGGCAUUAAAAAAAAGGAACACGGGUACGAAACUACGACAUCCUAAAGUGACGCGAGAGCACUACAGCCGCAAUUGGAGAUGGAGUAAGGACUUCCAUAUAGCAUUCAAACAUCUAAAGAUGUACGGUUUCACGCCAUUCGCAAUUACAAAGAGCAAUGACGUUCUAUUAUGGCAUGAAUAUAAGAAACUAUACAUCUAUGACAAAAAUACAUCAACCUUAACUAAGCUUUGGGAUGGCAAUGGUAAUGGUAAUGGUUUUUCACACCUUCAAGCAAUCCCUCACAUGAACACCCUUGUUUCAUUAAAAGAUCUAGGAGAAUGCGGUCAGAAUCCAGGGAGUAAUAUUUCAACGACGAAGAAAAAGAGGAAGUCAUACUAG